GCUUGCCUGAAGCAUAAUUUCCCUCUGAAGCGUAAUAUGACCACUUUAUUCUCGCAAUUAAAACACGUUUUUAUACAUUUAGGAGAAUAAAGUCGUAAAUCUACGACUUUAUUCUCCUAAAUGUACAACUUUUUUUAUGUGCCCUUUGGCCUUGGGCAUGUGGGGGGGGCGGGACAAAGGUAAUACUACGACUUUUUUGCACUUGAUGAACAAAGGAAAGGAAAGCAGUGUUCCUCUUUACCGCACCCGAAAAAGACAAAAAAAGCCACAAAAAUGCCAACGUUUUGAUGUUGCAAUCAAGAAAUAAAAAUACUCUCCAGGAUUUCAUCACUCUUUAAAACAAAACUUUUUUGUUCCCUUAGUAAUCAUCAUUGUGUUGCCUUCACUGUCUGUAAUUUUGAGGCCUGCUCUGAAUGAAUGGAAUCAAAAUGGGACUUUUCGGGGGUUUUGUUGUGAGUGCCUGUGAUGUUUUUGUACCUCAAAACAACAACAACAACAACCAACACUGUUGAUGAUGAUCGUUUGUCAGCGACUGUCUUCUAGUUUUUUUCUUGUUGUUUUUGUUCGUCGCGGCGGCGGCGGUCGUUUCUGAUGCGGCAGCGGGAAUUCUCCUUCGUUCCCGACGUUCCCGUCUAAAGACAAACCCCCCAGGAAAGGUGUAAAUAGUGUUUUAUAAUUUCUUGAUGAUGAUGAAUGUUGUUCUGAAUAAAUUGGAGGUCUAUUUCUCUACGACGAAACGCGAGUGCUGCUUUUCUUUGCUUUUGGGCUUAAUGUGGCGGGAAAAAGGUCCAAAUGUGGGCCUGCAAAGCAAAGUGCAGCAGCCCACCGUGAUCCUAUCCUUGCCAUUCUUCUGUCUCGUUCUCACGCAGUUCGUUCGGGGCGACUUGGGCGAAGAACCCCAACACGUUAUAGCUAACACGUUAUAGCGCCAGACGCUAGCAACCCGCGAGUGCCGGAGUUGAGCGACAGGCGGGGCCUUUCCAAAUUUCUGUGGGCAUUUUUCUCAUUUAUAAUAUUACUACAAAUAAGCCAUCAUUUUACUGAUUUUUUUUGAGGGGGCAAAAAGCCAUACGAUCACGUUAUGUCUCCGGAUGCUAGCACCCAGCAAGGUUACAACGCCGGGCCAGAGGUAAGCGUUACGCAGACCCGUUACAAAUUUCAGCGUAAAUGUUUCUAAUUUAUAAUAUUAUUACCAAAAAAAGACGUAAUUUUACUCAGGUAUUUUUGGAGGGGGCAAAAAGUCAUCCAGUGACGUUAUAGCACCUUUUGCUAGCAACCUGCAAGAAAGCAACGCCGGGCCAGAGGUAAGCAACAGGCAGGCUCGUUCCGACUUUCAGCAGAAAUUGUUCCAGUUGAUAACGUCACCACAAAAAGGACAUCAUUUUACAGGCUUUAGUUUGUUUGUUUUUUGAGGGAGCAAAAAGCCGUACGAUCACGCUACAGCGCUGGAUGCUAACGGCGGGCCAGAGACCGGGCCGCAAAUGGCCCCCGGGCCGCGCUUUGGACGCCCCUGCUGUGAGACGGCAUGUGGACGUUUUUAACGGCGUAUUUCAGAGCCAACAUAAAAAGCGACGGCAGCGAAGAGAAAGAUCAACGGUGUUUCUCCUCACGGCAAAUUCCAGCUGAGACGGACUUCCUGCCGCGUGUCGUCAUCCCAUCAACGACCUCGUGCACAGUCUUGCCUCACCUCCUGCGUGUGUGCGGCCAGGGGGGCGGGGGGAAUCCCCUGCAGGGCGGGUACGGGUGGCGUAUAAAAGCAGGCGGGUGUCGACACGCAGGCAGAAAGCAGAUCUUCUCUGACAAAAACAAAGAUGGACGCCGAGACGAUGAGAUGCGGCACGCUGCCCGCCGGGCUGCACCUGGAGAUUUCCCGCCACCCCCUGACCUUGAGGCGCGUGGUCAACCUGGUGGUCGCCAUGGAGAGGUUAAAGGGCAACCGCGCCAGGACGGCGCUGAGCACCGAAUUCACGGAGGAGAACCUCCUCAACAUCAUGAUGGAGGACAUUGUUGAAGUGAUAAACAUGCCCGAGGGUCUGCCGGCUCCAGGAGACCAGUUCACCAGGACGGGCGAGUACCAGUGCAGCGUGAGCGACAGCCAGAAGAAGAGUUUGGUGCUGGUCCAAGACAGCAGGGAGCUGCACGCCGUCACGCUGCAGGGAGGAAGCAGCCACCGCAAAGUGCACCUGAACAUGUCCACCUACGUGCACCCGUCCCCCAACACGGAGGCCCGACCGGUGGCCCUGGGCAUCAAGGGCACGAAUCUCUACCUGUCCUGCCACCAGGAUGGUGACACGCCAACUCUGCACUUGGAGUCGCUGGAGGACGGAAGCAGUCUGACGAGGAUCGACUCAGAGAGCGAGAGCGUGCGUUUCCUCUUCUAUAAGCGGGACUCGGGGGUGAGCAACAGCACCCUCAUGUCGGCACGCUUCCCCAACUGGUUCAUCAGCACAGCAGAAGAGGACAACCUGCCUGUGGAAAUGUGCCAGCGGACCGCCAACCGCUACAUAAACUUCAACAUCCAAAGGCAGAGUUAAAGACGCAAACACGGUGCUCAUAAGUGCUUUUCACCCUCUUGCUUUUUAAUUAGCUUUUUCUGGAUUGUUAACUGCUUUGAGAAGGUUUUCCUCCCCCUUUUUGGUACAUUUCCUGUUCAAACGGUAAAGAGUCCGAGCGCGUUGAAACGCAUCACGAGUCACGUGAGAUCGUUCAGGAAUGGAACGAAGAAAGUAAACCGGAAGAGGAUCGAAGUCGGAGUAACUGAAACGACUUUCUUAUCGGAAUUAAACAAAAAAAUCAUUUCUUCAUAACUUGAAUAGUUAUGCAUUGAAUAGUUAUUGAAGACGUAUGACUGUUUAGAGAAAAUCCCGAGCAAAUGAUCCUCCUUCACACCGUGAAAAGAUGUGAUGCUUGCGCAUGAGUUUGAUGACAUGCUAACAGCUGCCACGUUAAGGGUAUGGCGUUUACGAUCUGCAGUUGCGUCAACACUAUUAUACAGCUUUUCUAGAUGGUCUUGUACUUGUUGGUUUCGAUUACCGAAGAAAAUUAACUUCAUCAUAGGGGGAGAAGACGAGAAAUUUUAAUGGAAAUGGACCAAAAGAUGUGAAAGCACAUAUGGAUACGUUUGUGGACCGCUUAUUUGUAGCACUGAUGACAGGACAUGCAUUUAAUAUAUUUAUACAUGUAUUUAUUAAGGUAUUUAUUUAUUUAUGUAUUUAAAAUAAAUUUCAACAACAUGUGUAUAUAUAUAUAUGUAUAUGUUCUGGCAAUUGCUUUAAUAUUGUGUCAGCCAUGUGCAAUAA